ACAUCAUGAAUAUUGACGUAUACUAAUUAGGUCUGAUAAACGUUUACUUAUUAUGGCAAUCGACUGAAAGUGCAAGAAAAUCCAGGUGCUUGUGGGUGAGGUGUGGUAAUUUGCUGACGCUCCCUUCCAGCGCUUCGGCACCGCUCCCCUUUCCAUCGAUGGACGCGCCUGCGCGGCUGCCUCCGCCGCACUGAACGCCGAAGACCCCCGACCCCCUGUCCACAGUCCCCGUGUACCCUCCCCUCUCAGCUGGGGAGCCGGGGCGCCGGACCGGACACUCGCCGCUUGACGUUUGCCGACGCGGCGCAGCGCAUCGCCGAGAUGGAGAAGAAGCGUCCUGGAAUGCCCUCUGGCACGAGAAUGCCGCAUCAGGGUGCUCCCAUGGGCCCGCCUGGUCCCCCUUAUGGGGGGAACCCCUCGAUACGGCCUGGCCUCCCCACCCCGCCAAUGGAAGCCAAUCGCAAACGGCCCUCCAUGGUCCCGCAGGUCCAACCACAGGCUGUUCAGAACCGCACCAGAAAUGCCAAGAGAAGGAAAAUGGCAGACAAGAUCCUGCCUCAGAGGAUUCGUGAGCUGGUCCCAGAAUCCCAGGCCUACAUGGAUCUUCUGGCUUUUGAACGCAAAUUGGACCAAACCAUUAUGAGAAAGCGAGUGGACAUUCAGGAAGCUUUAAAGAGACCAAUGAAGCAAAAGCGCAAGCUGAGGCUGUACAUCUCCAACACCUACAACCCGGCCAAGCCGGACGCCGAGGACUCGGAUGGUGGCAUCGCCUCUUGGGAGCUGCGGGUCGAGGGCAAACUUCUGGAUGAUCCCAGCAAGCAGAAGCGGAAGUUCUCCUCCUUCUUCAAAAGCCUGGUAAUUGAACUUGACAAAGACCUUUAUGGUCCUGACAACCACCUGGUGGAGUGGCACCGCACCCCAACCACACAGGAGACGGACGGCUUCCAGGUCAAACGGCCGGGCGAUGUGAGCGUGCGUUGUACUCUGCUGUUGAUGCUUGACUACCAGCCCCCGCAGUUCAAGCUGGACCCGCGUCUGGCUCGCUUGCUGGGAAUCCACACCCAAACCCGCUCAGCUAUCAUCCAGGCCCUCUGGCAGUAUGUCAAGACCAACAGGCUCCAGGACAUGCACGACAAGGAGUACAUCAACUGUGACAAAUACUUCCAGCAGAUCUUCGACUGCCUGCGUCUCAAGUUCUCGGAGAUCCCCCAACGUCUUACCAACCUGCUUCUGCCCCCUGACCCCAUUGUCAUCAACCACGUCAUCAGUGUGGACCCCAAUGACCAAAAGAAGACUGCCUGCUAUGACAUUGAUGUUGAGGUGGAAGAUCCUUUGAAGAGCCAGAUGAGCAGUUUCCUGCUCUCUACGGCUAACCAGCAGGAGAUUGCAUCCUUGGACAACAAGAUCCAUGAUACUAUUGAAUCCAUAAACCAGCUGAAGAUCCAGAGGGACUUCAUGCUUAGCUUCUCCAAGGACCCAAGAAGUUAUAUUCAAGACUGGCUCAAAUCCCAGAGCCGGGACUUGAAGGCAAUGACUGACAUAGUGGGGAGCCCAGAGGAAGAGAGGAGAGCUGAAUUCUACUACCAGCCCUGGUCACAAGAGGCCGUUAGCCGUUACUUCUACUGCAAGAUCCAACAGCGAAGGCAGGAGUUGGAGCAGACCUUGGCUGGCCGCAACACCUAAACCUGUUACUCAUGUCCCCGUCCCACAUACUGUUUCUGUUAGACACCAGUGCAGCCUCCACCUCUGUUCAUUUGUUGGUCUCCAUGUUCUUCCAUUGCCUUGACCCCUGGUAGGCAGAAUACAGCCACACAUUUGGCCUAUUUUGGCCCUUUUUUGUCCUAGAUUAAGUCAGAAGAUGUCAUAAUCACUGUUAGAUAUUCCUGCUGUUUCUCUUAUACGCCAGAUCCCCACCAUAGGCCAGCACCAUCCUGUUCCACCUUUUACACAUCGAGCCAGCAUUUUUUACAAUCUCUUGAUGUCUGGCUAAUGCAUAUCUGAUCUUUUUUUAACAACCACCAACUGGCUCUACAGCCUGGACAUAAACUCUCCCUGGAUCUGAUCCACUUGUGGGUGCUGAGAUCCAUAACCCCCCCACCCCCCAAUGAAUGCUACUAGGUUCCCAGCUUGGAUUGUGAAGGCAAGUGACUUUAGUGACCUCCAGUCAGUGGGCUGCCACCUUCUCAAUACAGCCACACUGUCAAUACUGAGCCAUUCGCACCUGUUUUGCAACCCUGGACUCUCAAUGCAAUUAUUGUUUUAGCCAUCAUCCAAAAAUAAAACACCACUCACUGAACUGUAUUUAUUGACAGUCUUGUAAUAGUUAUAGAAAAAUAUUCAUAGCUUGUUUAGUGGAGCCACCAUGCUGUCUGUCCAGGGCUCAAAUUCAGGAUGAUGAGAAGACCUCUUCCCAAGGAGCAGGAUUAAAUAUCCCAUGCAGUCACAUGCAGGAUGUCAAGAAGGUUUUGUCGAGCUUUUUGCUAGCUGCACACAAUGUACUUCAUUCAUCACCUUCAGCGUUGACUGUGAGACUGUGAGCUCUUUUAAGAGUAGGUGCUUCUUCAGUGAAGAAUUGCCGUUUUAUUGAAGAAAGUUUCUACACAACCGCCUGCAGACACACUCAGCUCCUUAUGUAGCUUGUCUCCGUUUCUUAGCAGAUGAAACCCAGGAAGUGGCUCACGAUUGAAGUGUAGACCCUGAAAUUAACCUGUUUCAAGCUACAUUUUGCCAAAGACAUUUCGGCAGCUCAUUGAUUUGGUUGCAACACACGUGUCCAUGAUUGUUUAUUGAUAGUUUGAUUUCAUGUAUGUUCAACAGGUUAUUAAUUUGAUUGAAUUGUUAGAUGCCCAGUCAUUUGUCAUUGUAUGUUUGUUAGGUCAUUCCUUUAGUGUGUCAUUUAUGUUUGGUAGGUUAUUUGUUUAGUGUGUCACUGAAUGUUUGUUUAGUCAUUUGUUUGGUGUGUCAUUGUGUGUUUGGUUGGUCAUUUAUUUCAUUACUGUCAGAGAAGAUGACAUCUAGGUACCCAAAGUAGAUAUGGACACUGUGUGUAUGACAUAUAUUUGUGUAUUUAUGAAUUUCUAAAAUAUUUAACAGACUAUUGUUGUUUAUUUCAUCUGUUAUACAAAAGGAAGGAUGAAAAAAUGUUCAAAAUGUCUUUUACCACUCAGUUGUCAUAUUGUUUUUUAUUACCGUUGCUAGUAUGUUUAUUACAUAUGAAUGUAUGAAGUAAUGUGUUAUUCAGACAAAGACCUAGAAGGGUAGCAAAUAAUAUGUUUCACAUAUGAACCUGCGAUUCUGUACUGAGCAGUUCAUCCAAUCUGCUAAUUGGUUGGAUGAGUUGGUAAUACAAACUACAACCUUCUUGGUUUACCCUACAAGUAGAGUUGAAAGCAAUCACCAGCUAAAUAGGACUCACCAGCAAAUGUGAUCUAACCACAGAUAUUUGGAGUAUUUGCAUUUCCAAGGGUACUUGGUGAAACAGGGAGUUGUUAGAUGUGUUUGCAUGAGGUUCUGGUUUGGCACUAGACUUUGCAGUCCAAAUAUGUCAUGAUAUUGAUUGAUUUUCUGCUGGCAUUGCAGUUCAACAUGGCAUCUAAAGUUCAUUGGCUAACUUAUUUCCUCUGGUCCAGAAUGUCUGGCAGAUCCUUGGACAAAUUAGGCUUUGUUUUGAGCAUGACUGUACUGGUAUCAGUCAGAGAGAAUACCAGAAUGUAAAAAUGCAGAACCAGCAAGAAAGACUGGAAAGUGUAUCUGCACGUUAGUGCUCCAUUACCAGGGCCCUGCAUGCAGCAGCUUCUUAAUAUCAGUGUUUUUUUCCAGUGCUUUAUAAAUGUGUAACCGAUGGAUCUGUCUGCAACCUUGGUAAGGAUGAACGGAUGGAUGGAUGGAAGGGUUAUAUAUUUCAGUAAGGUGUGAAGUUGUUGGAUGCCCAAAAAGGGCUUUUGUCAACCUGAAUACAGAUCUUCAAGUAGAUGUUCCUCAUGCACUGUAGCCAGUUCAUCACUUGUGAUCCAUCUUGAGAUAGGGCACAUCACUUUUGUAGACCUGUCUGAUCCUGACUGUAACAUUCAGCUAUCCUUGUGCAGUCUGCGUGUGGCGUCACAUGAAUAUUAAAACAUUCCAGUUCAUGUGUGUGGCUCUGAGCCUCACUCGCAGGGAUGAACAGAUUCUUACACAGUUUCAUUCAAAUUACUCAGGUUUGUUCCAAAAAGGAGAAAGUAUGGAAAUGGGAUGAAAGAAAAAAGAAUGUGAUGAUGAUUUUCAGAGUUUCUCCCAAUGGCUUUUGGUGAGCUGCUGGCACUUAAACCCAUUUUACUUUCAUUUAGUGAACUAAUGGGUGGUGCCUUGACUGUAGCCAGUAUGUGAUCUGUUGUUGCUGUCAAUCAUAACCUUGUACUCUAUGUAGAAAUGUAUUGUUUACAUGUAUAUUGGGGGGGGGGGGGGCUAGUCCUCAGAAAUGGAAAAAAAAACCCACUUCUACUAAUGUUUGUUUUUAUAAGAAUCUAUGCAUGUCGCAUGGACGCCAUUUUAUAUUUUUAAAAGGACAAGAACGUUUUUAGCAUGACUAUGAGAUGCGAAGAUCAGCAAGCCUGACUGAGCCUGAGCCACAUGGCAGCUGUGGAUUUCCAACUUGGAAUCCAGUGGUCUUUUUAAGGACUAGCAGACCUCUACAACUGGCUAAGACGAACAUGUUCCUUCCCAGAUGAUGAAGCCUUUUAUAUCAUCAGGGACUCAGUGACUUGUGCAUGUUCAAGAUGUCUGGUGGAGCUACUAUCCUAACAUCUCCUGGGACUAGACCAUAGAUUUAACUGUUCUGUAUCAGGCUUACCACUCAAGGUUGAUUAGACCACCUGUGGUCUGAAGGCCAGGUAAUGACGUCCUACUGAAGCUUGAGUUGCAUAGUACAGAGAUGUGCUCUUCUUCUUGCAGUUUUCUUGUAGUGUACAGCUGAAAGCAUGUAAGACGCUGUGUCUGAAAGGUCUUCAGUAAUAAAGCUGGGACAUUUUGAGGCAGCUUGGAUGUAAAUAAAUGCAGUGUUUGCCAAAGGCAGCAGGUUCAAGCUGAAUCAGAAAUAUUACAGAAAUGGUAGAAGCCAGCAAAACCAGCCAUUUGGUUGCUUCACAGGCUAAGCUAGCUUAGCUCCUUUAAGAUAGAGGCUAACAUACAACCAAAAAAAAGAACACUGGCCUUGUUUGUGACAUGCUGACCUGAUGUUUGCCUGAUGUUGCCAAUCCCCCGUGUCCACUGUGGUCCCUGUUUGAAGGACGCCCGAGAAAUAUGGUAACAAUGGGACUCCCAUGUGUUGUUACCAGCUGCAUCAGGACAUAGAGCACAAGUCCUUGAACUACAUAAAACUCAUUUGGCUUAACUAGGUCUAGCAGGUUUGUGCAGCCAACUGCAAAAACACAGUGGGAUACUUAUUUUUUUUUGAGGAGUCAUCCGUCACAAUCCAGGGGACUUGGGGCAGUGUAACAAAAUGGGGAUAGUACCCUUCUGUACCCUGGACCCAGAUGCCUGACCACCGCUUCCCAAGAACCAUUCGUCCUACUUGUGACAAACUGGACAUAUGCAACGUUUCUUCUGUUUGUACUGUUGUUCUUGAGCCUGAUGUUCCAUUUUGUGCUGUGAAUUAAAUCUCCUUUAAACAAA